CAGUUGAAUAAACUUUAUAAUCAUGAAUUAGAGUUGAUAAGUAGAAGACAUAACAACAGCCUUAUUUUGCAUGAUAUUUACUGAACAGUCGAAUGACUAUAAAGUGUAAAUAUAAACAACAGUAACAUGUCAACUGAAGAUCUAAUGGAACAUUCGUGAUGGCAGAAGGAUGUGAAUACAACAAUUCAGCACGAGGAUCUGACGCAUACUUGUGCACACCGUGCGCUGACGAGGGCAAUGAUGCAAAAGCGUUGAAAUACUGUCCUGAUUGUAAAGAAUAUCUCUGUGCAGCGUGCAUAAAGUAUCACCUUAAGUUUUCUGCAACGAGGAAACACACGCUACAUGAUAACGAAUUCCAGCGUACUGAGAGAGAUUCCAUCGACACUACAUCAGAUGAGGACCAAAUGUUCAAAUGUAUCUAUCAUCUUGACAGGGAUAUCGAGAUGUACUGUGGUGAUCAUGACAUGGUGUAUUGCUCUCCAUGUAUUGCUAAGAACCAUAGACAAUGCAGCGGAAUUCUACAGCUUGAAGAAGCAACUGCUAAGAUUCCUAUAAACCAGCAAGACGACAUAUUACGACAGAUUGAUACUUUGCAAGCUGAUAUACAAGCAAAUGGACAGAAAAAAGAAGUCAAUUUGAUUGCGCUUGAUCUAGACAAGAAUGAUAUUCUAAAAGCCAUAAAAGACACAGAACUUUUGAUAAUCGGCAAAGUCAAGGCAUUAGCUUCAGAUGUGAAAGCAAAUACUUGUUCUAGCUAUGAUGGUUUUAAAAAAGAUUUUCAAGAAGAAGAAGCUUUUCUUUUGCAGGCUAUAACUGCAACUGAUGAAUUAAGAAAGACACUUGAAACUCAAGCUGAUUUAGAUGCAAAACGGCAAUUUACAAGGUACAUAUUACAAAAACAUAUCAUUGCAAAGACACAGAAAAUGCAUGAUGAUGUAGCAAAAGAUAAAAAGAAAAUGAAAUGUUUAAUGAAUGACGAGAUGAUACAACAGGUACUGGGAUCUGAUUACCUGGGUCAAGUUGUUGGAAGUGGAAGAAGCGAUAUUACCAAAGACACGCCACUACACAAAAUGUCACUAAAAGAAGUAACCAUCAAGGGGGAUGGAGACAAAGAUACCUGCACAAUAAUUGGUAUUUGCCAGCUUUUUGAUGGAACAGUCAUACUAGCUGACUACAAUAAUACUUCGCUUAAAAAGCUGAAUAAAGAUUUGAGUACCACAGACAAAUUCUAUCUAGAAUGUAAACCUCUGGGUAUUUGUUUGACUGGCAAAACUGAGGUUGCCGUAAAACUGGAAAACCACACGGUUCUGUUUAUUUCUAUUAAUGAUAAAUUCACGAAAAAACAGUCAAUUUAUAUAGAAGGUGGAGACUUUUUCGGACUUGUUUCAAUUUGCAACGAACUUUGCUGCUUUACAGGGAAUUGUAUUCAGGUAUAUAACAGAAGGGGUGAAGUUAUUAAAACUUUUGAUAAAAAAUCAUUUGACGGAACAAUAUUUCAAACGGGUGAUGGGGAUCCUUUCCCAGUUGUAGCUGACAAAAAAUUUAUAUAUGUAUCAGAUUUAAAUAGUCAAGUUGCAUGUAUAGACAGGGAAGGAAGCGUAUGGUCAGUUAUGAAAAGUGAACGGCUGAAGUUAGUAAGGAGGGCAUGUAUUGCAAGUAACGGUAUCAUUUGUGUGGCAGGAUACCACUCGGGCAAUAUCAUGAUGUUCAAUCAGAAAGGAAUUUGCUUAGGAGAAUUAGUAGAAGGCUUAGUUAAGCCAGAUUCUCUUUGCUUUGACAACAAGAAGCAUCAGCUGUUUAUUGGGCAUGAAAACAAGAAUAUCAUUACAAUAAUAACUACAGGUUAAGUACAUACAUGGUAGUGACAGGAAUGGUGUUUUUUGCUUUGCAAUGAAAAGAAAUGUUUAUGUUUCAUAAUUUACUCAUAAUACAAAUAAAUUUAACUUAGUCAA